AUGAUCUUUUCAAGGCUCGCGGUAUUGCUUGUGGGGGCUGUAGCUUCAGUGCAUGGAGAUGUCGUUGCAAUUGAGAAGCGUGCUCUACGACCCAAUCCAGCCAAUGGCCAUUGGGUCGAUGCAUGGGCUUCGAUGCCUCAGCUCACUGAGCCGGCAAACCUGCCACCAGCUCCAUUUAACCAGACUGGUGCUGUCUUUGUCAACUCUACUAUCCGCCAAACCUUGUUCGUGACAGCGGAGGCAAAACAAAUCCGCCUCAAAUUCUCGAAUGUGUUUGGUGGUUCGUUCCUCCCCAUCACAGCCGUCACGGUCGCUCUAUCUGCCAACAACACGGCCGGUAUCCAUCAAAUACAGCCCAAGACUGUUCAAAAGGUCACCUUUUCCGGUAAAGAGGGAAUCCGUGUCCCCAAUGGCGCCCUCGCGGUUUCAGACCCUCUCAACUUCCCCAUCAAGGGCCAACAGAUUGUCACUGUAACGAUGUACCUUGCCUCUGGUCAGACUACCAACAGCAUCACCUCCCACCCCGGAUCUCGCACCACGAGCUGGUUUCAAUUCGGCAACGCCGUCGACGCCCCUCAACUCGCCAUCACAAACUCCACCGCCCAAUCCGUCGCCCACUGGUACUUCCUCUCGAGUAUCGAAGCCUGGGCCCCCGAGAAAUCCGGCUCCUUCCUCAUCGUCGGCGACUCCAUCACCGAUGGUCGCGGCUCCACAACCGACCAAAACAACCGCUGGCCCGACCUGCUCUUCCGCCGCCUCCAACGCAGCUCAGCCACCAAACACAUCUCCUUCGGCAACCUGGCCGCGGGCGGAAACCGCAUUCUCGCAGACGGCCUGGGCCCGAAUGCUUUUGGCAGGAUUGACAGAGACGUACUCGCGCACCCUGGUGUCCAGUACGCAAUGAUCUUUGAAGGCGUAAACGACAUUGGCACCGGCGCGACGACCCCCGAGGCUCAAGCGAUCAUCUACGACAACCUCAUCCAAGCAUACCAGCAAAUGGUCACGCUGAUCCACGCGCACGGCAUCCCCGUGUUCGGCGCAACCAUCACACCUUUCUCCGCCCCGAGCAACUUUACCGGCCAGCCAUACAGCGAUCCCGAAAGGGAAAGGACUAGGCAGCGCGUUAACAAGUUUAUCAGAGAGAGCGGGACGUUCGAUGAGGUUGUGGAUUUUGAUAAGUGGUUGGCGGAUCCGAAGAUUCCUAGUCAGUUGAAGAGUGAGUUUGAUAGUGGGGAUUACUUGCAUCCGAGUGUGAAGGGGUAUCAGUAUUUGGCGGAUCAGUUUCCGGUUAAAGUGUUUGAGGAGUGGAGGGAGGGGGCGGAUGAGUUUUCUUGGGGGCGGUAG